UGUAAUGUAUUGCGUAAUGUUGUAGUUAGUAUUAAAUGUUAUUUGAUACUAUUUAGGUCUUAGUUUCCUGUAUUUAUUGAUAUUGCGUGAUUUGCAAGAGAAGGCCUACGACACAAAAAUAACAAUGGAUCCUUACGCGGCAGCCAUUUUGCUGUAAAUUUCUGACAAUUGUUCUCAGUUCAAUCAGAUUAUGUGAAUACCUUUCGCUUAAGUUUUCGGACUAAUGAAAAAUAAUAUUUCGUGUAACAAUUGUGUAUGUUUCAAGAGCAUUAGCCUAAACGAAAACAAAACUGAAAUACUGAGCCUAGGCCCUAGUAUGGAUAAAUGUGCAUUUGGAUAUCGAGUUUACAGGAGCAGUAUUAAUAGGUUCACCACAAAUGGAGGAAUCAGUGUAAAUGUAUGAUCAGUGCAAACAAGAAUAAUGGCCUCUGAGGCAGGAAGCAACUUGGGAGCUGUUGUGUUGGUUCUGCAUGGUGCAGUUGCAGGGAGACCAUACCAGCAGAUAAAUGAUGUUGCAAAAUGAAACAGAAAUGUACAAUUUGGGCCUGGGAGGAAAUGCAAGGUACUGUAACGGCCACACGCAGGUGGUUGCUGGCAUGGCAACGAAGGAUUGCAAGAGCAAGAAAGGAAAAAUGGUACCGAGGAAGGAUGACGUCCCAUCACCCACUUCUUCAGUGGAUGGUCGCCUUAAGUUUUCAGACAGACUGAAGGCUCUCCUCAAAUCUGGAGCCCCAGCUGCUGCUGGCACUGUCACUAAGACGACAUUGGCUAAAGAUGAGUCAGUGGAUCAGUCAGAUGAUCCUUAUGCGUUCAGCGAACCUGAGCCACAGGUUAUCCAUCUGUAUCAAAAUCCAAACCCAAAUCAUACUUAUUCACGUCGCUCUGUUGCAUUAACGUCUAAGCUGCGACCACCUUCAUCAUGUCAGAAAUCUGGAUUUAAAGUUGCGUCGCCACCUACGUCAGGUAGCAGCGAUAUGAACGCUGGGAAAUUGUAUCCGGCUCUAUCAGCAUCACUUGGACAAUUAUUUCCAUCAAAUUCUGUGGGUUUGAAUUCAUCUCUGACUCCUCACAUACAGCCAAAGAACAUUGUUAUGAGUGGUGGUGGUGGUGGUGGUGAUAAAGUGUCAGAUGACGAGAGUUCUAAGACUAUGAAUAGGUUACAAGCUAAAAUAGCUAGGAACAAAGUUAUAGGCAAGCAUAGGAAAGUUAGAACGUCAAGGCAAAGUCCCGACAUUUCUCUCCGCAACACACCUUUGGCCCAUACUGCCGCCAGUAUGGGGAAGAACAGUUCCAGUGCUCGGACCUUAUGGCCACUUCAACGUGAGAGGAGUUUGCUGGAAGAACAGUUACUUGGACUCAAACCAGAGGUGUUGCUGAAGAAAGACUCUGCAAGCCCUCCCUUGUUAGCCUCUCGACAUGCGAUUACAUACAGACCUCAGAUGAAUCAUUCAUCCCAUGCAGCGAUGGCUACCAUUCCUAACAAGAGAAGAAGAAGCAAAAUUGUUUCAAGGCAGAAUGAAGUGCCAAGACACGAAACAUUGCAGCGGAUACACUCGGCACAACAGGCACUGAGGGAUUAUUCACAGGAUCUAUACCCAUUAGGUGUAGAGGUCUCCGAUAGCGAUGAGACCGACUCUGAGGAAGCACCAGUAUAUCAGAGGCAUUGGUUUUCUGCGUUACUGGAGUCUGGGUUGCCAUGUGAGCGGGGAAGUCGUUUGGUGCAGAUAAGGUCAGAACUGCGCAGAAGGGUGAAUCAGACUUGGAAGGGCAUGCCUCUACUCCCAUUAGGCCCUCGUGGGAGAAAUCAGCAUUCAAAUCUGCUAGUAGACGCUCUCUUGGAUUCAGCUCGGAGGCAUCCUAGUCAAGCAGCUCUCUUCGUGCGAUCGUCUCAGCAUGGGAAGAGCUGUCAUAGUCACAUGAGGCACAAUAGGUCCAAGCUGACGAUGUUGGUGAAACGAAUGUGCAGCUACAGGAAGGGGGAAGCGGAUGCGUGCUCCAGCCUUGCACUUCCAUGCACGCAGCACUGCAUUCGCCACAUCAUGUAUAAUGUGGAUCAACUCCUGUUCGAGCACUGUACUGCCAAGUUCUCAGACAACACGCAGUGUUGUGUGCCUGUGUUCGACAUCUGUCAUGAGCUCCCUCUCUGCUUGGAGCAUGCAAGGAAACGGGGCUUGUUCCAGGACAACUAUGAUAGGAUGUGUGCGGAAAUAAAGCCAAAGAAGGUGCGUAAGAAGGCCAAACCGUCAGCUAUGACUCGGCCAAGUAAGCGAGGGAAGAAGAAGCGUAGAGUGCAACGUCCACCUGAGCCGCCUCCAUCUGAUUCCAUGGAUGUGCAGGCAGAUCAAGAGGAACCAUGUGAAAUGGUUGUGGGGGCAUCAUCUCCAGCUGAGAGCUUGGUGGAACCGUACAUAAAGGAGGAGGCCACGAACAGUGUAAUUGCGGAACAAGAUCUGCAGCAGAUCCCCAUCAAGGAGGAACACCAAAGUAUGGACCUUCACCAGCAACAGCAGCAGCAGCAGGUUGAAGUUGAAGUGGAGGAAGAAGUGCUUGAAAUGGCUGAGGAGCUGCCUUUGGACACGGCAGAGUUGGCUAACCAAGCAUCAAGACUCUUGGAAGAGCAUGACCUUACCAAUGUCCUUAACCAGAUUCCAGCUGAUGCUUUCAAUGACCUUUUCACAGAAGAUAAGAACGGACAGUAUGAGCCCACUCGUGAAGAAACUGAAGAGUUAGAGCGGGCCUUGGAAGCUGUUGACAAGGACGUCAAGUCCCUAGAGAAACUAUCGCAGACUCAAGGCUUGCUUGUGGACACCUUGAUGGACGAGCACACUCUAGUGCAGACUCUAGCGCAACUUCCAACUGAUGUGCCCAAUGUGAUACCGGCUGUACCAGGCCCCAAAACCUGAGGACCAUGCUGUGGGGGAGACUGGAGUAGGGCUCCACACACAUUGUGGUCAGCUUCACGUCCUUCCUCCCAUUUGCUCCAUGAAAGGAUCCCCUGAUACCUUAUCACAGGACAUCAAGCCGUUUCGGGAAGCAGUGAGGAGUAAAAUUCUUAAUGUUUUGCGUAGAGUUGAACCUCAGUUGUCUGGGUUGUAGCAGUAGCAAUAAGAGAAACAGCGAUUUGGAAAAAGGAUAGGAAACGGGGAGCAUUUAAUGGAAUAAGAAUUGACGCAGGAAACUGAAGUACUUGGAGAAAACUUGCCACUGUGUUCACCACAAGUGCCACGCGAAGUAAAGUGGAAUUGAACCUAGGCCACCAUGGUGAGAAGCAAGUGCUCAGUCAUUAGAGCUGUGACACAUCCAUAUAUUUGUGAUAAGUGUGAGCUGUAUGUGUUUGUAUUGAGGAUCUAUGUGAAUGUCUUGAGUUUGAAGUUUAAGAUUUCCAAAGGCAGAUUUUGUAUAACUAUUUUUCACCCAUCCCUUACAGGUGUAAAAAGCUUAGAACUGAAUUUUAACACAGGAAUUUCAGUGGCAUUUGAAACUUCAGACAUGGUUCAAAGUUCAGCUGUGUUGAAUUUUUCCUGUCACAAGUAUGUGAUGCAAGGUAUAUUGUGCUUCGUAAAGAUGUAAUAGGGUUCAGGUAGCACAGAUGUGCAGAAUUUCAACUUACAGAUGAGUAAUUAUAAUUUUUAAUACUUCUGUACAUAAUAAAUCUAAUACAUGAUCAUGCAUUUGUGACGGUUGUAUAGUUUUUCAGCGUAAUUUCAUGUUGUGUAUAAAGUUGGUUAAUGUUCCUUGAAUAGGCUAUUGUAGAAUUAUUGAUGGGGAGUAGUAUACUUGCUUGAUUUGGAAGGGGCAGGUGGAGAAGUGAACAGAGGUUACAACCAACAAAAGUAAUAACGUUGCAAAUGCAGACACUUAUGAGUACCUACAACUAAAGCUUGCUAGUCUGUUAUGUAUGUUAAUGACUAGUUAUGAAUAUGAGCAUAAAAUGUAAUAAAUGGCAUUGGAAGUUAUGCAUGAGUCAGUAUCGUUCACCUUUUCCAGAAAUUGUGACGGUAUGUUUCUAUAUAGUAUAGCAUUAUAUAUCAUGUAUAGAAUCUUAUUAGAGAUGUAAAUGUCAUAACACAACUUUUAAAUCACUGAGAUUUAAUUUUCUACAUUUGUUUUUAUAGGAAAAAUGUUGCAUGUGAAAGAAAGUGAUUUUUCUACUGACUUCAUGCUUUAAAUUUAAUAUCGAUAUUGGCAGCCACAACAAUUUCUUGUUGAAAUAUUGGUGGGCUUUAUACUAGUGGUAAAUAACAGGAUUAACUAGCAAGAAUUAAUAUGACUGUAGUACCAUUAGAACAGUGUACCAUCAUUAGUCUGUUUUGUGCCUGUACCAUUGUGAAUUUCCAACACUGGGGUAGCAAUUAUGUGGUCUUAAUUUGUGAAGCGAAACAUACAUGAUUGUUUAGUAAAUGAUGCGCUUGUUUUCAGAUAUAUUUGUUGGAAACUGAAGGAAAGACAGAAAUAGCUGAAGGCCAGUAAUGGAAUUUUGUAAGAGGGAAUGUUUUGCCAAGUGUUUGCUGGACAAAGUUGAAAGGUUGUGGGCACAGAAACACUGAAAGGAAAUGGCAUGUAUCUUGUAUAAAUUGUAAUGAAUAGUUACUCAGUUUGGUCCUACUUCUCAAAGAUUCCGAGUAAUAUACAGGGCUAGUGGAGAAGUGACAGCCUGCAGCACACAAUGGAAUGAGUUUCACCCAAGGAAGUCUUCAUAUACCAUUUUAUAUGCCUUCAGUUGAAUUAAAUUAUAUUUAAGAUUGUGUUAUUUACUGAUUAAGAUACAAAUGUUGAAGUGUUUUUAUUGCUGUAACAAUUCUUGUUGUGUCGUUCACAAAUUAAACCCAGAGAAUUCAAACACAUUGUUGACUCUUCAAAAUUAAUUUUGUUACUGAAUUAAUUAACCACAUGUAGAGACCAAAACUGUUAAUAAUUUUUUUAGAAAAUAUAGCAUUAUGUAUUUAUUAUGGAAAUAUAUGUACAUGCUACAUUUUCAGGCGUUAUAUUUAUAGCACUCAGAAAUUCUUAACAAUGGAAUAUCAUGAUGCCAUCUUAGCUAGGAUUACCACCAUGACAACCAGAAUAAUAACAUUGUGACAACUUGGUUCUGUUCAGGAUUAGGCUUCAUACCUUGCAAAUCUCUUAAUACUUUUUUACAGUGACACAAAAACAUAAUUUUGACGUACAAGUUUCAGAUUUUACGAGUAGAAUAUGUGGUUGGGUUAGGUUAGGUGCAGAUGCUGUUAUACAUCUGUGGCUGGAGUUGGAUUUUUUAUCUCUGAAGGACACUGAAAGUUCUUAUCAAUUCGUGAAUAGUAUUCAAAUAUAUUUUCUGCAUGUUAUUUCAUUGUGUUUUAAUAAAGUUUUCAGUAACUGUUGCCUCUUUACACACCAUUAUUAAUGAAUUUUCAUAGUUUGUCAUAGAUGUGCCCGUAUGUAUAUAUAUCAGGAAAGAAAGCCAGUUCUCUUUGGAAAUUAUUCCAUUGCCACAUUUCAAAUACACAUGAGCUAUAAGCGAAUCUUUUGUAGGUAUAUGUAGUGUGAUUUGAGAAAGGUUUAAUAGCCGAAAAUCCUAUGUUACAGGUAUGUCACCGGUUAUGAGAGCAAUGCUACCAUUGUGUUGACUUGCAACAGGACAGUUUGAACCAGAUGCACUCUUAUGCUUUAUGUUUCACGUUUUAUAUCAAUGUGAUGGCAGACUGAUUAAAUUGUCAAAAUUUAGAACACACCAGACUAAAAUAAAAAUGAAACCAACUGUUCAUCGGAUUUCUGUGUCUUGAACGAAGAACACAUUCUGGGCAUAGUAAUUGCGGUAACCCUUUCAUGGCGAAGCGUCUCGUGGA